CUCCUGUCACAAUGUCCAAGGGGCUUCUCCUUCUCUGGCUGAUGAUGGGGAUCUGGUGGAUGUCUCUGACACCAGCUGCCUCAGAGGAUACAGUAAGAGGGUUUUUGGGCCAGUCGGUGACUCUGCCUUGUAAGUACUCUUCCUGGUCCGUGAGCCGCAACAGCAUGUGCUGGGGCAAAGGCGCGUGUCCUAAUUCCAAGUGCAAUGAGCAGCUUCUCCACACGGAUGGAACAAAAGUCAUCACCCGGAAGUCCAUGAAAUACACACUUCAGGGGAGUAUCCGGUUGGGCGAUGUGUCCUUGACUAUCUCAAACACGAAUCAAGGUGACAGUGGGGUGUACUGCUGCCGUAUAGAAGUGCCUGGCUGGUUCAAUGAUGUCAAGAAGACGGUGCGCCUGGAGCUGAGGAGAGCCACAACAACCACAAGACCAACAACAACCACAAGACCAACAACAACCACAAGACCAACAACAACCACAAAACCAACAACAACCUCUCAGCCAACCACCACCCCUUACGUGACCACCACGGAGCUGCUUCCAACAACAGUCAUGACCACACCUGAGCCCACAGUCUCAACACUGCCCCAGACACUGGCCACCACUGUCCUCACUACAGCAGCAACCACGUGCCCCUCAACAACGCCCGGAUCCUUCUUACAGCAAACCACACGUUUUUCAGCCAUUGAGGUGGUCACAGAAAGGUCUUCCAUCACUGCAGAAUCAGAAACACUUUCUGCAUCCAAACACUCUCAAAGAAGCACGGUGACCACCUCUGCAGACAAAGACUUACUCAGACCCACAGGGUCCAAAGCCUGGAUUCCGCCAGCAACUUCACAAAAAAUGGAUGAGUUUGAAACUCACCUCAGCACUGAGGUCUGGGAGGUCUCUCUGGCCUCAUCAAUGACAGGGAUGGCAAAGACUUUUACAAAGAAGCAUGAAGGAAAUCAGAGCAACAAAAUGACCAACAUCUUGAUCAUUGCUUGCUGCGUGGGGUUUGUGGUGAUGGUGUCAUCAUUUCUGGUGCUUCUCCUUCAAGGAAGAGUCAAGGGAGCCAAUUGUUUGCAGAGACACAAGAGGCCAGACAACUCUGAAGAUAGUAAGAGCGUCCUCGAUGACAUGUCACAUGGGAGGGACGAUGAGGAUGGGAUCUUCACUCUCUAACUUGCCACCUUUCUUAGGAUUAAGCAUGGGGAAUGGCUUAAUUGUCUUGAAUUGUCAAAAUAUGUCUCGGGAUGUUGUAAUUCUCUUUUAAAGUCUCACAUUUUUCCCUCA